GGUCCCAGAGAACUGAUAUCGUUAUCUCAAAAAAAAUGUGAAAUAAAUGUUUAUUAAAUUAUUACUUUUAUACAAAAACCAGGGCACGAAAUAAUUAAUUUUACUUAUAGCAUAUGUGCACACUUGUUGCAGUAAUGUAUUAAAUUUAGUGUUAUGUCGUGAAGAUGCCAACCUUGUUGGUAAAGUGUGUUGCUAAGUUGUGUUAAGUCUGGUGAUUUUCAGGCGGAAUUUUAUUUAAACGAAACUACAUCGUGUGUAUAUUCGGAAAAUUUUGUUUUUUUAUUAAAUUAGCUUGCACCAUUAAAUUUUUUGAGGCAAUGACGUCUAUGGAUUAUAUGGUUAUAUCUAUGACAAACAAGGAAAGAUAAGCCAUGAGUAAAGGGUUUUUCAAACGGAAAAAGAAAAAUGAAGUUGAAAAUAUUCUGUACUUUUUUCUAUGUUGCGACUAGUUUGUGUUCAGGACAAAAUAUGCAUUACUGCGUAACCGAAGGAGAUGCUGGACUUAUAGUAUCAGAUAAGGAGAUGGGGAAAGAUGGCAAUAUCGGUUCAAUCCUUCAGUAUUUGGAAAAUGUGGCAUCAAUAAAUCUCAAUAUUAGACAAUGGCAGCGCUCGUCUACGAUUAAUAGUGUUGUACUACAAGAACCAAUUUUGGAUGAAAGAUGGGAAAUCUUUAUGCAGGCGAACGAUGAUACAAAAUUCCAAGAGAUAUUGAACAACAGUGCAAUCAAAUCUGCCUUUCUUAGCGUAAGAAUUUACAAAAAUCUUACUGAAAUUAGCCCACAAUUUAACAAGGCGCAGUGGUAUCACCUUAAAUUUAACGAAAAUGUUCUGUAUAUUUGCGAAACUGAUUCGAACAUCAGGUGUAACGACACUUUGGACACCAAAAACCUUUCCAGCUUCAAUUUUUACAUUAAGACUGUUGAAAUUGAUAAAAGCAUAUGGAUACUACACGAAUAUCAUUACUUCUACAUUAAUGAGAGUAACGCCACUGUAGAUGUUACAGAAACCUCAACAAGUUGUCCUUCUGUAAAAUACGGCUGGAUUAAACUUCAUGUAGCUAUGUGUAGUGACUGUAAAAUGUUUCUGGAAUUACAGUCAAACGAUGAUCCUAACAAAACCGAGACUUUUGACAUAACCGGGACCGGACACUGGGAGACAUUAACACAUUAUGUCGUAAACUUUACAACUUGCUUUAAAUUGUUGGCGACAACAAUAUUUGAAGGUACAGACGAAAAUGAACCGUUUUGGGCAAUUGGCGAUAAGUUGUACUUUUCAAUAAACGAAAAUUGCGCAAGCACUACAAGAUACAUUGCCAUUGAUAGCAACAAUUCAUCAAAUUUAAUUUGUGAAGAUAGCAGGAACAACCAAUACAACAUAACUCAAGAACUACCCACAACGCAGUGUUACGAACCUCCACCUACAACUACUACACCAUUAACUGAAACUAUAUCAGUAAAUAGUACUACGUCAUCAAAAGAGAAAGAGUCUGAAGAGAUUGAAACGUCUUCUUUUAAUCUUUUAUAUUUAUUAAUUAUUAUUCCAGUAGUGAUUUUAGUUGGUCUAACGAUUCUAUUCUGCCCUAUACGAAAAAACAAAUUAAAGUGUAACCGCGAAUUAUCAAGUAAAGAUGACGAAAAUAUAGAACUAAUGGAAAACGGUGCCCAAAGAUGGACGUUCAAACCGGGCGAAAAGCACUGGCCCCCUGUGAAAAUCACCGAUUUCGGUGACUACAUCAGCGACGUGUUUGAUCCCAGCAGGAAAUACCGUUACUGUUACAUCCAAAACCAGUUUUCUGACCUGCCAUCUGGGUUUAUAAAAUCUGCCACAGAAGGUCGAAAACAAAAAAAUGCAGACAAAAAUGGUCGCAGUGAGAUUUACCCUUAUGAUCGUAAUCGUGUUAAACUGGACAAGUCUUUCGCCGGAAAAUAUUUCAAAGGGGACUAUAUUAAUGCGAGUUACAUUCAGGGCUCUACGAAUUAUAAAGAGUACAUAAUUGCUCAAAACCCCCGCGCGAAUACAGUCGACAAUUUCUGGAUUAUGAUUUGGCAAGAAAGAAUUAGGUACUGCGUGAUGGUAACUUACGAACAGGAAGAAUAUUUUCGUUACUGGCCUAGUGUAAACGAAAAACGUGUUACUUAUGCUGAUUUGAAUAUUACUAUAGAUGAACUACUGGAUCAUACAAUCUUCCAAAAGUAUACACUUACAGUUCAGAGAAAGAAUCAAACUAGAGAGAUAUAUAUUGUUCAUUAUAACUCGUGGCAGGAGAACGACAUGGAUUUAGCAAGGACUAAACUUCUCCCAUUCAUAAGUUUUCUACAAAGUGUACCUCAUUACACCGCCCCUGUAUUGUUUCAUUGCCGAAAUGGUGCUGGACUGUCUGGAACUGUCGUUUUGUGCGACAUAGUGCUAAGAUCGAUACCUAUGACCGGAAUGAUAGACAUGUAUCACACAGCGAGGGUAUUAAUGAAGUCAAGAGUUAAUGCUAUCAGCCAUUUGGAUCAGUACAUCUUAACUCACUGGAUAAUAAGAGAUUUUUUGGAAAAGUUCUACUAAUUAAUAAUUUUCUAGUACUACGGUUAUAAUUGUGCUUAAAAUUUUAAACGGUAUCUUUAAAAGACCAAAAAAAUUGUCGCUGCCCUAACAGAAUGAUUUUAGGUAUUUAUUUGGUAGUUUAACAUGUUGCUCCUAUCAUUCUUACGUUAUUUUUAUCAAUUGCAAAUAUUUACUUUAAUAAUUUUCCUCAAAUUUUUCGUUUAUUGAUUUAAAUGUGACAUACACUUGAACAAUCAUAAA